UGAAUAUUUAAGAUUAUGAAAUAUUGAAACAUAUUAAAUAUGACAUUUAUAUUACGAUCAUUGUCGUUCUACCUGAAACAAAGACAGAAUACAUCUAUAAACCAUUUGGUUAGGAUAUCUAACCACGAAAUUCAUACGUCUAAAUGUAUGUUUCACGGUGAAUAUGAAAUGCAAGAACCUAAAACAGAGGCUGAUAUAGUUAAUGUCACUUUUAUCGACAAAAAUGGCAAAAGAAUUAUAAUAAAAGGAAAAGUAGGAGAUAAUGUACUUUAUUUGGCUCAUAGAUAUGGGAUUGAAAUGGAAGGAGCAUGCGAGGCUUCCUUAGCAUGUACAACUUGUCAUGUAUAUGUGCGCCAUGAUUAUAUGGAUAAACUUCCAAUUGCUGAGGAGAAAGAAGAAGAUCUCUUAGAUUUAGCACCUUUUCUAAAGGAAAAUUCUAGGCUGGGUUGUCAAAUAAUUUUGACAAAAGAAUUGGAUGGCAUAGAGCUAGAAUUACCUAAGGCGACUAGAAAUUUCUAUGUGGAUGGACAUACCCCAACUCUGCAUUAAAAAGCUAUCUAUUAAUUCCUUUUUUUCAUCUGACUAAGUCAAGCAUGUAAAUAUUAUAUUUGUACAUGGGUAUGUAUCUCAUAAUAAAUAGCAUAUUAAUUGUGGAAAUUAAUAUGUAAUUUCUCCUCA